CUCAAAUGAAGAACCUAACCACACCAAUGAUUGCUACGCUUUUGGCAGUUUAUUCUCUAUUCUCAUUCGCAAUGGCCGCCAACAAGGAACGCACUUUCAUCAUGGUUAAGCCCGAUGGAGUCCAACGAGGACUCGUCGGCAAGAUCAUUGAGCGUUUUGAACAGAAGGGCUUCAAAUUGGUAGCAAUGAAGUUCAUGUGGGCCGAGAAAGAAUUGUUGGAGAAGCACUAUGCCGAUCUGUCUGCCCGUCCCUUCUUCCCCGGUUUGGUCAACUACAUGAACUCCGGUCCAGUGGUUCCCAUGGUGUGGGAGGGUCUCAAUGUGGUCAAGACCGGCCGUCAAAUGCUGGGCGCUACCAACCCUGCCGACUCCCUGCCUGGCACCAUUCGCGGUGACUUCUGUAUCCAGGUUGGCCGCAACAUCAUCCACGGCUCCGACGCCGUCGAAUCGGCCCAAAAGGAGAUUGCCCUCUGGUUCAACGAGAAGGAACUCGUCACCUGGGCUCCAGCAGCCAAGGAUUGGAUUUACGAAUAGAUGAUGCAUGCAUGCCAAUGUGUAACAUCUGCAUUUCAAUGCUAUGCCGCCACUCACCUAAGUCUUAAAGUGAUUCUUUUAAAGAAUAAAAAAUUCCACAGUAUCUAUA